AUGGUGAACAUCAACUCAGAGACUGGAGAUAUAGUCAGCCUGCAGUCUUUUAACUACGAGGAGUUAAAGACGUUUCAGUUUAAAGUUCAGGCCAUAGACUCUGGUGUUCCUCCGCUCAGCAGCAACGUGACUGUGAACGUUUGUAUCCUGGAUGAGAAUGACAACAGUCCCGCGAUCCUCGCGCCCUAUUCGGAGCACGGCUCCGUUAACAGUGAGAGCAUCCCCUAUUCUGCUGAAGCGGGAUACUUUGUGGCAAAGAUCAGGGCUGUAGACGCAGACUCUGGAUACAACGCGCUGCUGUCUUAUCACCUCUCUGAGCCCAAAGGAAACAACCUCUUCCGGAUCGGAACCAGCACCGGGGAGAUCCGGACUAAGAGGAGGAUGAGUGACAAUGACCUGAAAACUCACCCCUUGGUGGUGUUGGUCUCUGAUAGCGGAGAACCCUCCCUGUCAGCUACUGUGUCUAUUGAUGUGGUGGUGGUCGAAAGCACAGCUGACAUCCAGACUCAGUUCAGACACGUGCCCAUAAAGGAGGAGAGCUUCUCUGAUUUAAACCUGUAUCUGCUGAUCGCCAUCGUGUCGGUGUCAGUGGUCUUUCUGCUGAGCCUCAUCAGUUUAAUAGCUGUCAGAUGCCACAGGACAGACGGCCCUUUCAGCAGGUACAGCGCCCCGAUGAUCACCACCCACCCUGACGGGAGCUGGUCUUACUCUAAAUCUACUCAGCAGUAUGACGUGUGUUUCAGCUCAGACACACUGAAGAGUGACGUAGUGGUUUUCCCCGCACCGUUUCCGCCUGUAGAUGCGGAGCUGAUCAGUAUUAACGGAGGAGACACUUUCACCCGGACUCAGACUUUACCUAAUAAAGACAAGGCCAGUGACAAAGGCCAGCCUCCCAUGUCUGCUCAUUGUAAGGUGCUGGUAGAAGUGGUGGACCUAAAUGACAACGCUCCUGAGAUCACUGUGACGUCACUACUAAACACGGUGAAGGAGGACGCAGAAGUAGGUACUGCUAUUGCACUUGUCUCUGUACUGGACAAAGAUGGUGGGAAAAACGGUGUAGUAAAAGCUGUCAUUGCAAAUGAUGCCCCCUUUAAAUUGGACACAAAUUACAAAAACUAUUAUUCCUUAGUAGUUAAUGGUCCGCUUGAUAGAGAAACCCAGGCUCAGUAUAAUGUCACUAUCGUAGCGACUGAUGAAGGGACUCCACCUCUCUCCAGCACCAGCAUAGUCACUGUUCAUGUUUCUGAUGUGAAUGACAACCCGCCUCGCUUCUCGGAGCCGCUGGUUAAUGUUUAUGUGAAAGAAAACAGUCCAGUAGGAGCAGUUAUUAAAACAGUGACUGCAAUUGAUGCCGAUAUUGAUCAAAAUGGUCAGGUGAGCUAUUCAUUUUUGCAAAUUAACAGUAACUCGUUGCCGUUAUCUACAAUGGUGAACAUCAACUCAGAGACAGGAGAUAUAGUCAGCCUGCAGUCUUUUAACUACGAGGAGUUAAAGACGUUUCAGUUUAACGUUCAGGCCACAGACUCUGGUGUUCCUCCGCUCAGCAGCAACGUGACUGUGAACGUUUGUAUCCUGGAUGAGAAUGACAACAGUCCCGCGAUCCUCGCGCCCUAUUCGGAGCACGGCUCCGUUAACAGUGAGAGCAUCCCCUAUUCUGCUGAAGCGGGAUACUUUGUGGCAAAGAUCAGGGCUGUAGACGCAGACUCUGGAUACAACGCGCUGCUGUCUUAUCACCUGUCUGAGCCCAAAGGAAACAACCUCUUCCGGAUCGGAACCAGCACCGGGGAGAUCCGGACUAAGAGGAGAAUGAGUGACAAUGACCUGAAAACUCACCCCUUGGUGGUGUUGGUCUCUGAUAGCGGAGAACCCUCCCUGUCAGCUACUGUGUCUAUUGAUGUGGUGGUGGUCGAAAGCACAGCUGACAUCCAGACUCAGUUCAGACACGUGCCCCUAAAGGAGGAGAGCUUCUCUGAUUUAAACCUGUAUCUGCUGAUCGCCAUCGUGUCGGUGUCAGUGGUCUUUCUGCUGAGCCUCAUCAGUUUAAUAGCUGUCAGAUGCCACAGGACAGACGGCCCUUUCAGCAGGUACAGCGCCCCGAUGAUCACCACCCACCCUGACGGGAGCUGGUCUUACUCUAAAUCUACUCAGCAGUAUGACGUGUGUUUCAGCUCAGACACACUGAAGAGUGACGUAGUGGUUUUCCCCGCACCGUUUCCGCCUGUAGAUGCGGAGCUGAUCAGUAUUAACGGAGGGGACACUUUUACCCGGACUCAGACUUUACCCAACAAAGACACGGUAAGAACAUGA